AUGUCUGUAUUCGCAUUAGAACAAAAAGUUGCCAUUAAUGCAGUCUUACGUGCUAGUAAGGUUUGCCAAAAGGUAUUUAAACAACUUGUUAAUUCCGAAACAAUAAUUAAAAAAGACAAGUCGCCAGUAACUAUCGCGGAUUAUAGUGCACAAGCAGUGGUGAAUGCAACUUUAUUUAAUACAUUUCCAAAUGAUCCUAUUGUUGGUGAAGAAGAUUCAGGAGAAUUGCAUGGUAAUGAUGCAUCAGUAAAAGAAUUACGCAAAAGAAUAUUAAAUCUGACAAAUUCGGUGUUGGAUGAUCCAUUAGACGAAAAAAAGCUUUUGGAUGCUAUUGAUAGAGGUUCAUAUCCUGGAGGAGCAAAAGGAAGAUUCCUUAGAGGCGAACAAUUUGCGGUUUGUUUAGCAUUAGUCGUAGAUGGUAAAGUUCAGUUAGGAGUUAUUGGGUGUCCAAAUUUACCAAUAGAUUUCACAAGACCUGAGAGCGAAAGAGGUUGUAUCUUUGUUGCUUUGAGAGGCCAUGGUGCUUUUCAGGGUAAUUUUUCAUCAACAGAAAUAUCACAGAUGUCAAAGAUUCAUAUGAGAAAUAUUGACAAUAUAUCAGAAGCAUCAUUUUGUGAAUCAGUUGAGGCAGCACAUUCUUCACAAAAUGACUCUGCAAAAAUAGCAUCAAUGCUUGGAAUUACUAAAUCACCUGUUAGAAUAGAUAGUCAAACAAAAUAUGCUGUGGUUUCUAGAGGUGAUGCUGACAUAUAUUUACGUUUACCCGUUAAUGAGGAUUAUCAAGAAAAUAUUUGGUAG